GUCAACAAAUUCAUCAAAAGAGAAAGGAGGAAUUCAGAGCUCAGAUCCCCUUUACACUGUCGAUCAAGAAACGCAGAAAAACUCACAGCCCACAUAAAAAAACUCAAUCUUUUUGAAGAUGGGCGCCCUCUGCAAUCUAGUCGACAUUGUGCUCUUCGUCUUCUUCCUCAUCAUCGCCGUCGCAGCGCCGCUCCUCGACGCCCAGACCUGCCUCCCGCAGCACCUCUUUCCGCCCUUCCUCCUGGAGCUCAAGAGCUGGUACACGCAAAACUACGGCGACUAUUUGGUCUCCGAGAAGCCUCACUUCUUCGUCGGGAUUGUUUGGCUGGAGCUCGUCUUCCAGUGGCCCCUCGCCCUCGCGUCUCUCUACGCCAUCGCAGCUGGGAAAUCGUGGCUGAGCACCACCUGUUUGUUGUAUGGCGCUUCCACUUUGACUGCCAUGGCUGCAAUACUAGCCGAGCUGAAACAGUCCAACCGAGCAUCCGAUAAGCUCUUGAACUUGUAUUACCCAUUCUUGGGGUUUGCAGUGUUAGCUGUGUUGCGGGGUUUGUUCGGUCAGUCGGAGAAGAGCGUGACAAUCGGGAGACGGCCGCUUCUGAGAAAAAAGAGGGCUUGAAAUGGAAAUUGUGUACUCUUUGAUGAGCAAAUGGCUGAGGAUUUAGUCCUGACAACUGCAUUGUGAAACAAAUUCUUUCUUGAUUCUUGAUUUUGCAGUUCUCUAAUUCAA